UUUAGACGGUGAACUGCUGCUGGAGGCAAUUUGGAUGUAGAAUUCAGGUUUUUGUAAUUAUUAAUCUACCUGUACGAGCAGUGAGGUAACGUGACAAGGAUGUAGCUGCGACUUUUUCCCUAUUGUUCUCUCUUUUGUCUUUUAUCCCGGUCCUCUUCCAGCGCUCCGGCGAGCGCUUUACAUGCGCGCUGUCAUUCAGAAAUACUACAGAUACCAUUAGAGUCCUCACGUGUUGGACUGAUCUGCUUUAUUUUAACCUUUUUUUUUACUACAUAGGCUCUCAUAUUUUUUUUUUUUAUUAUUAUUAUCAUUGUUAGAACUGUUUGUAUCCCUUUCAUCCAAGUUGCCGUGGUAGUGUGUGCGUGUAUGUUUGUGUGAAAUUGAAGUUGAGUAGGGUAUAGAAACUUUUGGGAACUUUUUUUGGGAAUAACGGCGUGGUAAACACUGCGUGCAGAUAACCAGCUUGUAAUACUGCAUACUAAGGAUUCUUCAACACUGCUGGGACUUUUACAGUCAAAGCGGGCAAGCAUUUGUCUUCCUCGUUGAAAGAAAAUGGAGCUUCUCUGGAUUUGCCUGCUGCUGGAGACGAUCCUGAUGUCCACAGCUGCCAGGGGUCCUCCCCGGGUGUCAGAGAAGGUGAACCAUCGUCAGAGCGCCCGUCUGGGCCGCACGCUGAAGCUGCCCUGCCCCGUGGAGGGAGACCCCCCUCCCCUCAUCAUGUGGACCAAAGACGGACGCAACAUCCACCGGGGCUGGACGCGCUUCAGGGUGCUGCAGCACGCCAUGCGUAUCAAAGAAGUGGAGACUGACGAUGCAGGGACUUACGUCUGCAAGGCCACCAAUGGCUUCGGCAGCGUGAACAUCAACUACACACUGAUUGUCAUCGACGACUCCAGUUCAAGAAACGGAGCGGGGUCAGCGGGUGGAGACUCUGAACACGCCCCGGAGCUGGCUGGGAAACUAGUUCGUCCGCGUUUCACCCAGCCGGCAAAGAUGAGGAAGCGCGUCAUAGCGCGUCCAGUCGGCAGCUCCGUCCGGCUGAAGUGCACGGCGAGCGGAAACCCUCGCCCGGACAUCGUCUGGCUGAAGGACAGCAAGCCGCUGGUGGACGAGGACGCCGGAGCCGGAGCCGGAGCCGGAGCCGGAGCCGGAGGGGAGGCCAAGAAGAAGAGGUGGACUCUGAGUCUGAAGAACCUGAUGCCGGAGCACAGCGGGAAGUACACCUGCCACGUGUACAACCGGGCCGGAGAGAUCAACGCCACGUACAAAGUGGAAGUCAUACAGCGUACCAACUCCAAGCCCAUCCUGACCGGCACUCACCCCGUCAACACCACCGUGGACUACGGAGGAACCACUUCCUUCCAGUGUAAAGUCCGCAGCGACGUCAAGCCCGUGAUCCAGUGGCUCAAACGAGUGGAACCUGGUGAUGAGAACAAGUUCAACUCCACCAUAGAGGUUGGAGACCACCGGUUCAUGGUGCUGCCGGCAGGAGAGGUUUGGUCGCGGCCAGACGGCUCCUACCUCAACAAGCUGCUCAUCACUCGGGCCAAGGAGGAAGACGCCGGCAUGUACAUCUGCCUGGGAGCCAAUACCAUGGGAUACAGCUUCAGGAGCGCCUACCUCACCGUCCUCCCAGACCGGAAACCUCCAACCAUCCCCGUCCCUUCAGCCUCCUCCCCCAGCGUCCCCUGGCCCGUCAUCAUUGGAAUCCCGGCGGGCGUGGCCUUCAUCUUGGGCACCGCCCUGCUCUGGUUCUGCCAGUCAAAGCGAACCUGCUCCAAUUCUUCUUCCUCCUCCUCCUCCUCGUCCUCCUCCGCGCUGCCCGCUGCUCAGCGGCCGCCGGCGACGACCAGCCGCGACCGAGCCGUCCCGCCGCUCGCUCCUCCGUCAGCCAGCGGGGAUAAAGACUGCCUUUCCUACGAGGACUACGUCUCCCACCAGCAGCAGCUGCUGCUGGCCCAGGGAGGCACCGCGGUGGCUCCCAAGGUCUACCCCAAGAUCUACACGGACAUCCACACGCACACGCACUCGCACGUGGACGGGAAAGUGCACCAGCACCAGCACAUCCACUACCAGUGUUAGCCGAGAGGCCGGAGCGAGAUCCGGUGUGUCGCAAUUCAGCUCUUUCAUGGACACGUUCCCCCGUGCAUGCAGAUUCAGUCCACAACACUCACAAGCUUAUAUACGGAGCAAGGAACACGCGAGAGACCAUGUGGAGUCAUAAACACAAACUCGGGAUCACGCGUCUCUGCCGCAGCCACGUGGUGUUUGCAGAAGGACUUAGUGGAGGCAUGAGGAAUGAGGACUGUAAAGAAGGUCUUUAUUUUUAGCCGAUCUGCAAGCUAAUCCAGUGGGUUCUAACCCAGACAUGUGUUACUCAAGGUUUUAGUAUAUACUUUAAUACAAAAAGCAUUGGUCUCGACUGAUCUGACACAACCACGACCUCUUAGAAAUGCCAAAUACACGUAGCUGCUUCCAGUGUGCAUAGAAAUGAUUACACGACAUUUACCGUGCUACUUUGUCCGGGGUUAUUUAUAAAGAGACACAUAGCUUGUCAGUAAAGUAGUAGCAUGAUUUCAUAAUAUAUCUCAGGCAUCAGCCUUACUGAGCUAUAAAAACAAUCAAAUAGGAAGUGAAGGCAGGAAUAAGGGCUGCUGGUGGAAGCUUUGCCCGGGCUGUCGAGCUGCCGUCCAGCUGCUGCGUGAAAAAGGGCUGGGACUCAAACUUGAGUAAAAGGUUGGAUUUUAAUCAAAGCAAUGAUGGAAGGUUACAGAAAAACUGAUUUCAAUGGUAAUCGUUCGUUCUGUUCCUGUUCUAAACCAUCUGGCAGCAUGUUUGACAUCUAGGCAACGGGGAUAUUUCCCUGUUUUCCAACAUCUACUUUUUGCUUUAGUUUGAUGCCUGCAGACUGCAGAGGAGAUCAGCACGACGGAUAUCGCAGUGCCUUCCAGUGAUUAUUUCCAGAUCUGUUGGAUCAUUGGUGGAUCAUCAGAUAUGUCACAGACUCUUGUUGGUCUGUUAUGAGAUUUAGCGGGCUCAAAACCGAGGGAGGUCUUGGGAAAUCCCGUAGAUUCAGGUUGAGAUUCCUCUACUGCGCUGAAGCGCCUCACUGUGCGACGGGAUGUGAUGUAAAUACAUGUAGGAAGCAGUUUUGCAUGUGCUCUCGUCUCCACUUAAAGUAACUUAAACGCAGAGACUCGUACUGUGCUUUCAAAAAUAAGAGGUUCAAGGAUCAACAGUCAUGACAUAUUCUGAUAAAACAAAUAUGAGGAGCAGCUUAAAACUGAAUCAAGUGUUUAUGUGAAAUUUGGAGCCACAUAUUUUGCCGACUUCACUCAAAACUGCUGCUGUCACUGUAACACAUCCGAUGCUCUAUUGUGAUGCACAGACAGAUUCAGGAAGGUCUGUCUUUGAUAUCUGGUCCUGUGUUUGUUUUGUUACACUUGUCUGCACAUUUACCACUACUUUACUCCAUUUGCAUCCACUAUCAAUGCCAUCUGAAAACACACACUGAUGGAGCACCAUCACAUUGCUGUCAAAUCCGUCAAACUCAGGUUUAAUAACUCAUUUUCUUAAUGAUGAUUAUUCUUUGGGAAAUGCUUUGUAUUCCUCUUAAAACCCAAACUCAAAAGCUUUAAUUGCUUCAGCUACAUUUCAAAAUCACCAAUUAAAUUAGAUUAUUUCUCUUUUUCACAGUACAGUUUUUUUGUUAGGUUUUUUUUUUCAGAUUAAAUUAUUGUUCUUUUAGCACACAUGAGGUUUUAAUGUGCCAGGUCUCUGUCAACUCGUACCCUCAGCUCACACUUACAACCUAAAAGAAAACCAGACGUAGCAAACCUCAGCACAGAGCUGACAUCAACAGCUUUGCUUUUUCUCAGAUGCUCAUUUUGCUGUCCCUGCAAGCACGCAUGAAUCUGAAAAAAAUAACAGUUAAAAAUAACAAAUUGCAGACGUGUGCUGGUGUAAAAUACAGAUGAGACUUGCCUUAGACUUGACACACCGGCCUUUGUCCCUGCAGCACCUUCGGUAGGGUCUCUCAAAUACAGCAGCUUGUGUCUUUAAAUAAUCAUGUGACAAGAAACUUCAGUUCUUUCUCUUUUUUUCACCAUUUAUUUUGCACAUAAAUCUUUUAACUAAAGAAGGACAAUGUACAAAUAUAUUUUUUUAAAGAAUUCCUAUACUCUUCUUUUUUUUUUCAUGUUACUCCUGAAUAUGUUACGUGAUCAACACAGGAAAAUACGCCUGCAGACCAGAGCUUCAAGCCUCCACUUGCUUUUGUUUUUUUGAGAUUAAAAUGAGUUUGAUACCUGUGAAUUUCCUUGUGUUAUUUUACUCACUUAUUUAACUGUAACAGAUAUUCACCAUACAACUGAUAUUCUGCAUGCCACCUCGGAGACUUUCUAAAAUGUAUUCAAACUGCAUGUCGAUGUUAACGGUGUCUGUUUGCAGACAUUCUUGCAGACUCUCCCUCCUAAGCUUCAGUAUAAAAUUUCUGCAUAACAUCAUGAACAGCAGAGAAAAAGCAUAUGUAUUCCUGUCAAAAUGACUGUGGUGCAUGUCUAAAAUGAGUUUAACUAAAAAUAACAUUUGCAGUAUAGCAUUUUUUUUCAUCAUGUUUUGCUCAUCCUCAUCGUUUUCUUCUGAAACAUGUGCUCCCAGUGAAAAUUAACUGAAAUGUAUAACUUUAAUUGCCAUAACUUUCCUCCUGUAUUGAGACUAUGAAUCAUUUUUCUAAAAGUAACAUUUGAUCCACUCACUGUUACUUUUUUUUUUUCAUUGAAUUUGUGUUGAACCUUUUUAUGCAUCAAAGCUAAAGGACUGCCACUAGACAAACCUUUUUAUAUGUGCACUUACCGCUAGUAUGUACAUGGAAUAACGUUACUGUCGAGAAAUAUUUUAGAUUAUUUAGUAAGAGUGCUUUAGACCAUACAAAAGCUUUUGGGAAUAUAUAGGCUAUCAGCCCUCAAAAUGUAAAUGCUAAAUUGUAUCAAGAUUGAAAAAGAAGGUGUGUUUCUAAUUUAUUUCAUUUUUUUGACAUGUUUAUUUUUCCAUAUAAUUGGGCAUUAUACUGCAUGAAAGGAUGUUUUGUUAUAGUCAUAAUGUAAGCUAUGUAGCAAUACCAAGUUCAUGUCGUUGUAAGAUACUGUAUAUGUGCUGACAUAAUAUACAAAUUUUAUCAAUUAUCUCUGUAUUGACAAUCUUGUACAGUCUACCUUCAUUUAGAUUAAAAAAAUAUUUCCCUUCUAUUGUAAUCAUGUUAUCGGUGCCAUUAAAAGAGGAAAAUCUGA